AUGUUAUCAAGAGGGAAACAUUUGGUAAAUCUUGUACUAGUUUCAAGUAAUGAUCCUCCAACUCAAGAAUUGGCUGAUGUAUUGCCUGCAAGUAAUAGGCAUUCUGAUGAUUACAGGCUUAAUAUAGAGGAUGACACACAGCAUAUCCCAGUUCAAGGAAUUAUCAAUGGUACUUCAAAUAUUGCCGAAUGCUGUCAGACAAUUAGGCGUGAAGAAUCAGGAAAUGUUGAAAAUGAACAAAAAUUUGAAACUGAUAGUGAACCUGAACAAUUCAGAGAUUUUAGUGAUGAUGAUCCCGAAUAUAUUCCGUCCAAUGAUGAAAAUGGUAGUACUGAUGAGGAAGCAGACAAAAGUGUAGAAAGUAGGUUACUUACUGAGGGGACAAAUGAAGAAGGUAAAGAAAACGCCAUAGAAAAUAAGCAAGAAAAUAGUACACUGAGGCCUAGAAAGCGUGAAAGAAAUGAACAAAAUUGGAAGGUAACAAAAAGAGUUAAAGCAACAUUGGCUGGAAAAGAACAUGUUUCAAAAUCUGGAAAAAUAAUAAGCGCUAAGGAACUUAAACCCGGUUGUAGAUCUUGUAGAAGAAAAUGUUCUGAUAAAAUGAACGAAUUGGAGCGAGUACAGAUAUUUAAUAAUUAUUGGACUGAAACUAAAACGUGGGAUCUCAAACGACAAUUUGUACUAUCCAGGGUGAAUAGUGUACCAACAAAACGUAAAAGGCCAGUAGACGGAAGAAGAGAUAACCAGAGAAAACAAACGAUCCAUUAUAAUUUUGAGAUUAAUGGUAAUGAUAAUGAUACUGACAGUCAAGUAAAUGAUUUGGAGGCAGAAUUUUCUGAAAGUGUCACUUCGCAAAGCUCAGCAUCCCAUGUUGUGAACAACGAUGAUACUACUUCUCAAGAUCUACUAAAAAGCAAACUAGGGCGUAAACAGUUAAAGAGGAGUUAUUUAAGGACACAUGAUUUAACGGAAAAAAGCAAAAUAACGUGGCAAUAA